AUCUUGUUUGAGGAGAAGACAGACGUUGAUAUAGAAGGCGGAGAAUAUGGCAGGGCGCUGCAGGCAGCGUCACUAGAAGGCCACGAGAAAAUCGCUCAUAUACUGCUCAGUGCUGGUGCUGACGUUAACGCUCAGGGUGGAGAGUACGGCAACGCACUCCAAGCGGCUUCAGCUGGAGGCUAUAGGAGGGUAGUAACGCUACUGCUUAACGACGGCGCCAACGUUAGCGCUUGGGGCGGAGGUUAUGGUAGUGCAUUCCACGCAGCUUCAGACAGAGACUACGAGAAGAUUGUAAGGCUGCUACUUAAUAUCGGCGCUGACGUCAACGCGCAGGGUGGAUACUGUGGUAGUGCACUCCAGGCAGCAUCGUCA